CGUCACGUGACAUCACAGCUGAUUUCGUUGGAUGAGGUGUUUUGCUUUGACCGUUCAUCAUUUCGUGUAGCCAUUUCUGGUUAGCAUCGCUGCAGAGUAGCACAGCAGUAAAAACUGUGGAGGUAAACUAUGGCACAGGCAGCACAGGCAGCACAGGCAAAUGUCUUCGACGCAAACAGCUCUCAGAUCCAGGUGGAGCACGAUAAGAAGCGGCGGCAGUUUGUUAUCCGACUAAACGGAUCUCAUGAUCAGGCGGUUCUCCUGUAUGAAUAUGUUGGCAAGAAGACGGUGGACCUGCAACACACUGAAGUUCCAGAUGCUUACAGAGGGAGAGGCAUAGCCAAGCAUCUGGCCAAGGCAGCCAUGGAUUUUGUGGUGGAGGAGGAUCUGAAAGCCCACCUGACCUGCUGGUACAUUCAGAAAUAUGUGAAAGAGAAUCCGCAGCCUCAGUACUUUGAACAUAUUUAUCAAUGACCCUACAUGGCUCCGACGGGGAACACACGGAAAAAGAGACUUUGAGGGGAAUAAUGAAUACUGUGUGUCAUCAUGCUUUUGGAGUUACAAGCUAACAUACAACUAAGGACCUUCCAGGUAUUGUUAAACAUGAUGGAUUUCAAGGCAAAGAUGUCUGAAUAGUGAGCAUUGUGUUUAUGGGUCGGUGACACACUGGCCAUAAAGCAGGAAGUGAAUCAGCAGGUUAAUAGAGACAUAAGCAAAUAAACGAACCAAAGCUGAAGCCUGUGAGCUCGGACAUCAUUCAGGAUGCAUCACUGGCUGAAAGCAAGAUUAGGGCCUGUCCUGAGAGCAGAUUUAAAUCCUGUGUUGGAGAUUUCCUGUCCUCUCUUGGACGCAGUGGAUGUGAGCAGCGCUACAAGAUGGCCGACCCAAGUGUCUUUCUCCAUGAUAGUUUGGACAGAAGCAAGGAUGGCUUCACUGAUGCUCAAACAUGAUGACUUUUGUAUUUCAACACCUUUUUGAUAUUCUUCAUCUGGUUUAUGUUGUGGUUUUUUUUCUCCAAUUUUGCCUUCUUCAACUCUUAGAUGUAGUAUGUUUAUGGCUGGACUGCUUAUUCAAUACACUAAAAAUGCUUAAUGCAUAUUUGAAACAUCACGCUACUCAAUAGGGUUUUUUUUCUAGGUAAUUCCAGAAGUUUUUAUUAAUUUAGUGGGUACUGUUUAAUAAAAUCUGUAUUUUGAAGACAUUUAAUCUUACAAACUCUCAAUUUGCUUCAACUGUUAUUCAAUCCCGUUGUCCCCAAUAACAGAAAUUCAAAGUCAUGCAUUGAAAGUCAAAGGUACAGGGGUUUAUAAACCAAAGAAGUCAAACUGAGGAUGUUCGACUCAUCAUUUCCUUCACCGUACGUGUGACAUAUUACAGACACUUGUGAUAAAUUGGGUCUGAAGCUUGUCUCUGUAAGGUACAGCAUUUCAGGUUAGAUAUAAAUAAACAUAUCCGCACAAACCAGCAUUUUAAAAACACACUGUUACAUUUAGGGCAUUACAUUGUAUGGUGUCCACCGUCCAUUUCUGUCUUUUGUGUAUAUCAGAAAUAUUUACUUCUUUACUGGAAAAAAAUUCAAAAGUUCACUGUGUCUUUCCUGUUUUGGCUUUUCAGUACCUUUUGCUAGCAACAAUCAUCAGUGUUGGGGAGAAAAAUAGCUCAGGUUACUCAACACACUCUGGUUACUCGGUUACAUGUUCCCUUUGUCAAAUGUUACUUUAGGUGACAUACAUCUAUUGAUGGGCCAAGAUUUUAUUUCAUUUUUCGAGUUACUUUUUAUAUUUGUUUUCUUGAUAGGAAUGUUUGAAUCACAGGUUUUGAGCAGGUGGCUCUACCUAAAUGUUCCAUUUCUUGUUGUAUUGUUUGUGUGCUUGAUACUUUUUUGUCUUUCUUCUUGUCUAUAGAUAAAUAAAACAAUACUCAUCACAUUA